AUGGUCCAGAUCACCCCACUGACUGGCAGCCCCUCCCCACAACCGCAUGGAGACGGACAGGGCAGCGGGUCUGCACAUGGAGGUUACUACAAUGUUUUUUCACGUCUCAGCUUGAACCUCUUCCCCCCCCCCCCCCCUCCCCCCCCACCUCCUCUCCCCUCUUUUCUUGAUUUGUAUGUGUGUGUAUGUGGGUGGGUGUUUGUGUGUGUGUGCGUGUGUAUGCGUGCGUGUAUGUGUGCAUAUGUGUGUGUGUGUGUGUGUGUGCGUGCGUGCGUGUGUGUGUGUGUGUGUGUGUGUGUGGAAGAAGAAGACGAGGCGGGGGAGAAGGAGGGAGAUGGAUAUGCAACAGCAGAGUGCGUUACAGAUGCAGUGGUUGAGGUCGGUGCAGAGGGCGUGGCAGGGGUGGGUGCAGCGAUAGCAUUAGAGAGUGGUGCAAAUGUAUCAAGGCAGGUUGCUGCUGGUAAUGCAGGCAUAAGUGCUCUCACAGGGAUAGCGGCGGGGUAUGGGAGGAAUGGUAGUGGAGGGGUGCGGUGCAGAGGCAGUGGAGGGUGGCAUGUGGACAGCAGCACAAGUUGCUGCAGAGGCAGAAGUAGGUGCUGUGAGAGGAAGAGUGGUGGAGGGUGGUGCAGAGCAGACAAGGGGAGAGAAGGUGGGGAGGGAGCAGGUGGAAGGGCAGGCAGUGGAAGGGCAAGCAAUGGAAGGGCGCAGAGGGAGUGUCAUUCGUGGGUGGCGGAGGAGGGUGCAUGGCAGGCGGUGUGGGAGCCGCUCUCCCACGGCGUGUACUUCUGCAAUGCUGCCGCCGCUGUCACCCAGUGGCACCCGCCAGUCCACGGCGAGGGGAGUGGGCUCACGUGCUGGGUGGGAUGGACGCCUGACCAGGUUGUAACAGAGCAGGCUGUAGCAGGGCAAGCUGUAGCAAGGCAGGCUGUAGCAGGGCAGGCUGUAUCCGCGAAAGCGGAUCAGAUCUUAUUUGAGCCCACUGGAGCAGGGGAGGCUGUAGCAGAGGGGUAUGAGAAGUACUGGCAACAGCGGUACGGUCUGUUCUCACGGUUCGAUGAGGGCGUCCUAUUGGAUGCUGACGCGUGGCCCCUUGUCACUCCUGAGGCCAUCGCCGCCCACCACCCUGCCAUGUGCGCUGCUGCCGUGGGUUAUGGUGGUGCCACGUGUGCAGGGGGUGAUGCUGCCACGUCAGCAGGAGGUGGUGGUCCUGGCGCGCUGGCAGGAGAUGGUGAUGUUACGUAUGCUACAGCCACGUGUGCUGGCCACAAUGCACCAUUAAGCUUUGGGGAAGAGCAGAGUGGGAGUCCAAGUAAAAGGGGGGAAGGUGCGGAGAUGGGCAAGCAGGGCAGGAGGAGAAAAAGGGGGAAGGUGCGGUGA